GUGCCCGGGCGUCUAUUCUGCGGAGCGCUAAUACACGCCCCUACCAGCAGGAUUCAGCGCGCUGCCUCCGCUUUAACUGCAAGCCACUUGCUCUCUGUGUACAGUAUCGUCCCGUCCAUUGUAGCAGCAGCGCUGCCCCCGUUUGAAGUUCAAGCCAUCGCUCCAAUCGUCCUUCAUGAAUACUUCGUACGAUUCGGUUGAUACUCUGGUGAAUACAGCCAUGGUGAAUGCACACUCUAAUCAAGUUGCCAUAUUCUGGGACUUCGAAAACUGUCGCCCUCCAUCCAACAUUUCUGGAACGGAAGUAGUGGAAAAGAUACGGUCCCUCGUUCAAUACUUUGGGCGAAUAAUAACAUUCAAGGCAUAUGCCGAUGUUUCACUGAUUUUCGCGGGCUCGAAAUCUAACAAUCUGCAAUCCGAGCUCCAGUCGUCUGGGCUUACACUCGUUCAUUGCCCACACAAUGGCAGAAAGGACGUUGCAGACAAAAUGAUGAUAGUGGAUAUGCUUGCCUUUGUAAUUGACAGACCACAAACUACGACUAUUGUCAUUAUUACUGGUGAUCGUGACUUCACCUAUGCAGCAGGUGUUCUCAAACUGCGCGGCUACCGUAUUAUUGUUAUCGCCACUAUGCAUAACGCACAUAGCAGCCUAAAACUACAGGCUGACUAUUUGUUUGAUUGGAACAAGGACGUAUUGGAUGAAGCGAAUUCAGGAGUUGUACUUAAACGUCUCAAAGCUGACAACUUACGACCAAGCGGAGCACCUUCUUCUGGGGUUGCGUUGCAUCCUCGUCGAGAAAGCACUCCUUCUACUAUAGCUGUAUCGGAAAGUGCAAUGGAAAAGUGGGAACUUCUGGCUACAUCGCAGGAUGAGCCCGCCGUUGAAGAAGACUUGAGAUCCUGUUGCCGUGCGAGCCCGACGUUUGAUGGAUCGAGUAGCUCGAGCGACAUCAGCUUUGAGGAAAUAGGCGAGGAUUUCCCGGAGGAGACAUGGCUUGAUGUCUCAUCAGCUGGACGUUCUGGAAACGGCAGAAACGCAAACAGGGUGCCAAAUUCACCGCGAUUUCAACCAUGCAAGGACCAGAUAAUAGAUGUUCCUGCUCGACCAUCAGCGGUUCCGGCUCCCUCUCUCGAACGAUCAGAAUCGGCACUGAUAAGUCCCGUUGACUUUGAGAUGGUAUCCGUAUGGUCUGCCACAGAUGAUGGCUGGAUGACACCAAGGUCAGACAGGUCUUUCGAACUCGACGCAGAGGACAUGGGACCGCGUGACUUGGUGCCGUCGAAAAACGAGGGCUUCGAUUCGGGCGUUCUAAGAUCUUUGGAUUCUCCCUCUGCACACUUGGACGGUAACACGAGUAAUUUCGUCGACCCGGCAAGCAGAAAACCGCUUUUACCAGUUCACGAGAGCAACGACGAAGAGCGAGUCUCCGCAAUUCCUCCUCUCAUUCUGACAGACGCUGCGUCGCACGUCUCAGUAGGGGUGGAAACCCAACUCUCUUCUCUGCAUGAUGCAGCAGAUGUGCCAAGUCAGCCGACAGAAGUUACUACAAAGGACAUACUUGAUGCUCCUGAUCCCGACUCCAACUCUGAGAAUUCGUCUUCGUCCGUGUCCUUGUCUGCGAAGGAUGUCCGUCCGUCAGGUCCGUCCGGUGCUAUCAGUCCCUCAGCAAGUUCUGUUCCUGCACCUUCGAGAAAUGCUGGCUGUAUUGCUACUCCAUCUCAGAUGGUCUCGAAAGCGACAACGAUCAUAGCGCGUCCAUCCCCAGAUACCGCGGCCGUUCAGCGAUUCCAGACAAUUGUAUCCUAUUUCAGGGAGAGAAGAGCGUCUGAUGGUGCCACUCGGAUUUGUACAUCGGAGUUCGCCCAAGAACUGUUGAAACGCGAUCCUAAAAUGUACAAGAAAGCAGGGGUGUCAAGGCUAAAGCGCUUCCUUGAAGAAGCCGAGAAAUCGUUCGUUGUUUUCUGCUCUGACUGGGAAGCAGGGAGUGCAUGGGUGGAGAUAAAUCCUUGCUUGUAUCCUGAUACACGAUCGCCUCAAUCCUCGCGUGACACUGUGACGUUGGCCAUAGUAAAACCAGAAACAGCGUCAAAGGCAGAUUCUACAAUGUCUGUCGAUGCAGUCUAUCGCCCGCUUGUUGACUGCCUAAAUACAAGGGGCACCCACUGUCUAACGUAUACUGCAGCUGGCGUAGCAUUGCUGGGGAUUCAUCCUAAUCUGUACAAAGAGGCUGGUACUUCAAGUCUUUCCACGUACCUUGAGAAGGCGGAGAAGCAAGGCAUUGUCCGCCUUGGGAGUAUACGCGGACCUGGUACAGAAUGGGUUGAACUCUUGCCAGCCUUUCACAACUCUCUCUCUCUCUCUUUAACGAUAUGACGUGUCUGCACUAACGGCAAGGAUAAUCUUAAUGUAGCAUUAUCUUCGUGUAUCUUGUCUUUCCUUGUACUUUAAAUAGCUGUGCUAUACCUUCGGGUUGAUUAAUGUAUU